AUGGAUAUUCGAACUCAGGACUUAAGUAUUGCAGAUCAAUUGACAUAUGGUGUGCGCAUGCUAGAAAUUACUGUACGCCUGGAAAACGGCAAAUUAGAAAUUUACUCCAGUGGAAUAGCAUUAAACAAAACGUUAUUCAACGCACUUGUCGAAAUCGAACAAUUCUUACAUUUUCAUUCUCGUGAACUUGUGAUACUUGUCAUUAAUUAUGAUGAUCAUUAUUUUCUUGACUGGUUAGAUGGUAUUUUAACCAAAUUAGAUCUGUGCAUGGCAAUAGACGAAUACAAUCAUGUGAUUGCUGGGUGGCGAUUAGUCAAAAAUUGGGACCUGGACGAGACAAUUGAUAAAUACCGAGGAAAAAUAUUACUUGCGACCAACGAUUUUUUGUUUGAAGAUUGUAUACACUCGAUAAGGCAUGAGUGUCUAACUUCAAAAGAUAUUGUUCUUAGUGAUACAUACGCUUUUUCGGAUACAAUAUCUCAAAAAUGGAAUAGAUACUUUAAACUUAAUCAAAAUUGUUAUUUUUUUACAAGUUUCUGCUUUUUUUAUGACAUGAGUUUUGAUGUCUUGGACCAAUAUGCUUAUGUGAAAAAAGGUUAUAAUAGGCGUGAUGUUACUGCAUUUGGGUACUAUGAUAAUGUUGAAAAUAAAUGUUACAAGCCACUUAAUUAUAUAUUUAUUAAUAAUGAUAUCCCGGAUUGCAUCUUUAAAUUAAAUAUUUUCAAUUUUGAAUUCAUAACAAUGGAAAUUAUUGAUCAUGUUGACAAAAUGAAUGCUGAUGUUCGUCACUCUCAUUCUAUUAAUAUUCAUCUGCAACAUUCAUAUGUUUAUAAUUUAUAA